AUGCGACUGCUUUGGCUUACCCACAAAUUACUUCUGACCAUUCCCCAAUCCUAUUCACCCCAGUUCCUCUUUCUUGGAGCAAGACUCCCUUCAAAUAUGAAAUCUUCUGGGAUGAGCAUGAGCAAUGUAAUGAUAUUGUCACCCAGGGAUGGACUUUGCCUAUUCAUCAUGAAGAUUGCUGGACUAAUUUGUCUAAUCGAUUUUCAAAGCUCUAAACAUAACCUUUGGUCUUGGCAGAAGAGAACUUUUAAAGCUGCGGACAAGGAAAUCCUAAGACUGAAACAAGAUCUGCAUUGGUUGGAGGAUAAACCAAACCACCUUGUUGAUUGGGCCGAGGUCAAUAAUAUUAAAUUGAAAAUUGACACUCUUUGGAGGCAAGAAGAGUUGUUUUGGGGCCAAAGAUCCAGAAUUAAAUGGGCUAGAUAUGGGGAUAAAAAUUCCAAAUUUUUCCACGCUUCAACUAUCCAGAGAAGGAAUAGGAAUCGCAUUGAUAGGGUUCGUGAUUCACAGGGGGUUUGGAAGGAGGGCCAAUCGGAAGUGAUGGGGGCCUUUAUCUCCCACUAUGAGGAUAUCUUUCAGACUGAAGGGGUUAGCCAAAUUGAGGUCUACUUGCAAAAUUUCCCUAAGAAGGUCUCCCAAGAGUUGAAUGAUAAGUUGGUUUUGGCAGUUUCAGAUUCUGAAAUCACUGAGGCAGUCAACAAUUUAGGAGGCUUGAAAGCUCCGGGGCCGGAUGGCCUAAAUGGCCUGUUUUUUAAAAACCAUUGGGAUACAAUCAAAGGCACAGUUUGCCCUGCUAUUCAGGAGUUAUUCAGAUCUGGGAAUUUAUCUUCUGAGAUUAAUGAGACGAUAGUGGCCUUAGUUCCCAAGGUUGACUCUCCAGAAAGCGUUGUGCAAUUUAGACCUAUUAGUUGUUGCAACUAUAUUCUUAAGGUCAUCUCCCGGAUAAUGGUCUCGAGACUCAAGGAAGACCUGAAUUCCCUUAUCUCCCCUAACCAAUCUGCCUUUGUAGGUGGGAGAUUAAUUCAGGACAAUAUUUCUGUAGCUCAGGAAGCCUUUCACUUGCUACUUAAAGGGGGACAAAGAUCGAAGAAUUACAUGGCAAUUAAGGUUGAUAUGAGCAAGGCUUAUGACAGAUUAGAGUGGGUCUUCAUAGAAAAGACUCUUUUGGCCUACGGUUUCCAUCCCAUCUGGGUUGAAAGAGUUUUAACUCUUGUCAGAGGGGCUACCUACAUGUUGAAAGUAAAUGGUUUUCUAAGCCUACCUCUGAUUCCGGGUAGAGGACUACGACAGGGAGAUCCCCUUUCUCCCUAUCUCUUUGUACUUGUCACAGAUGUUCUGUCCUUUAUGUUGACUAAAGCCCAACAAGAAGGGAAGAUUUCUGGCCUCAGGUUCUCAAUCGAUUCUCCAGCUCUAACUCACCUUUUUUUUGCUGAUGACUCCUUGCUGUUUGCUGAAGCAUCUAUUAGUGAAGCUACGAGCCUUAUCCAUGUGUUGAAUUUAUUCAAUAGUGCUUCGGGUCAGAAAAUAAAUGUUGCAAAAUCUGGCCUUAUUUUUGGGAAGUUGGCUUCUAAUCACAACAAGAGGGACAUAGCUAAUCUGCUUCAUAUGCCUAUUUGGACUAAUCCUGGACAGUAUCUGGGUCUGCCAGCUACCUGGGGGAGAAAUAAGUGCCAUUCCCUAGCUUGGAUAGAAGAGAGGAUUAAGGAGAAACUAGAAGGUUGGAAGGAGACUUUAUUGAACCAAGCAGGUAAGGAGGUUUUGAUCAAGGCCAUCAUCCAGGCAAUUCCCUCUUAUGCUAUGGCGAUUAUUCAUUUCCCUAAAACAUUCUGCAAUUCCCUUAAUGCUUUGGUGGCUAAUUUCUGGUGGAAAAGCCAAGGGAAGGAUCGGGGUAUACAUUGGCGUAGUUGGGAAAAAAUGACUAUGAGCAAGGAUGAGGGGGGAAUGGGUUUCAGAGACUUCAGGAUCCAGAAUCUAGCCUUCCUAGCUAGACAAGCUUGGCGUGUUCUAACAAAUCCAGAUGCAUUAUGGGUUUGUGUUUUGAAAUCCCUUUACUUCCCAACCACCAAUUUUAUGAAGGCAGAACUGGGUCAGAAUCCUUCUUGGAUGUGGCGGAGUUUAUUAGCAGGUAGGGACUUCAUUAACAGAUACAGCAGAUGGGCUGUGGGAUAUGGUAACUCUAUACAUGUUUGGGGUGAUAACUGGUUGAGUUCGGGUGAUUGCCUGGUAAAACCUACUAAUGCUCCUGAUAUGAAGGUCAGUGAGCUUAUUUCUCCCUUUGGGGAAGGCUGGAAUGACGCCCUGAUCAGGGGUCUAUUCCAACCAGAACUAGCAACAAAAAAUUUUCAAACUCCAGCCAGCAUGUUACACCAACCAGAUGUUUUGUUUUGGCCUCAUACACCGAGGGGUGAUUAUACAGUUAAUUCUGGGUUCAAAGUUGCCAGACAAAACACGAUCAGACAACAACCUCAAAGCUCUUGUUCUCAUCGCAUCCCAGAUGAACUCUGGAAGACGAUUUGGAAAUCUAAUAUCCCACAAAAAAUUAAAGUCUUUCUAUGGAAAGCAAGUCACAACUCACUGGCAGUAAAAUUCAAUUUGUGGAAGAAAAGAAUUUCACCUUGUGGUAUUUGCCCUGUUUGUGGAGAGGGCCUUGAGACCGUGGAACAUCUUUUCCUGAUCUGUCCCUGGACUCGUGCUGUGUGGUUUGGGUCUUCUAUGCAAUGGAUUGUUUCCUUGGAAGGAUUGAGCUCUUUUGAUACUUGGCUCUGGCAGAGGAUCAACAUUCUGAAAGGUAUGUCCCAGGAUUUUAACAAAGAUUUCUCCAUCCUGGCGAGUCUCCUUUGGUCCAUAUGGCGAGGGAGAAACAACUCGGUGUUUAAAGCAGUAAGACCUAACCCAGAAUCUGCCAUCCAACAAGCGACUAUAAUCCUCUCCACUAUGGAUCUAGCAAAACCAGUGAAAGAAGAUAGAAUUAGUGACUGUGCUCAAAGCCAAAGAGCUCGCCCCUCAGACUGGAUUCCCCCUCCAGGGAAUGCCCUCAAAAUUAAUGUGGAUGCGAGCUGGGUAGAGAGCUUACCUCUUUCUGCAGUAGGAGUGCUUAUCAGGGACAAAUUUUCGACCCUCCUAUCGGGCUCCCAUGCGAGGAUCUACAGCUCUUCUCCACUGAUUUCAGAGGCGUAUGCUAUCAGAGAAGGCUUGAACCUGGCCUACAAUCUUGGCUGCACAGAGAUUAUUUUGGAAUCAGACAACAAAACUCUUAUGGAUGCAUGCAGAUCAGGAUUCUUAAUUGGUGAAGUAAGUUCUAUCUUGCAAGACAUCUCUCAUCUCAAAGGACAUUUCCAUAGUUGUGUCUUCUCUUGGACUAAUAGAGAAAGAAAUAAAGUUGCUCACCUCGUUGCAAAGUCUUGCAUGCAAGGAUUAUUGGAAUGGAAUUGGCUGUUUAUGCCCCCUCAGGAGCUUCAGAAGGCCCUUGUUGAUGAUGCUAUGGUGGCAGCGUCAAAGAAUGGCUUCCCGAGUUGGCGAUCUUUCUGAUGGAGCCUAAACAUUCGUUUCCUCUCUCAUUUCUUUGUUUGGCCUCUUGUUGAUCUGGUUCUCUAAUGCAGUCCCUCCAUCUAUGGUUUUGAGAAGAAGGUGCGGAGAGAUUUUGAUUUGGGGCAGCGGUUUGUCUGGAGGAAAGAAGAAAUGACUGUUCACAGGAAAGAAGAAAUUGUUAACUGUUUGAAUUGAUAAUGGUACUCUGGAGGAUAGUGCAAAGAAUUGUUAAUGGCCUUGGUGCCAGUGCUUUGAGUGGGAAUCUAAACCAUCUUAACGUUAGGUGGGUGGAAUUUUACUAGAUCAUUUAAAGCUGAAUAUGUACCAUGUGAAAGCUGGCCAUCUUGUCUUUACCUGUGUCGGUUGUAUCUGUAACUGCUCCCUUUCCUUGUUUUUUCUGCUCUCUGCUUCUUGGGCUUUUGCUGGCCUUGUUCCUUCCCCGUUAGUGGGCCUUGGCUGCCUGGCCUGUUUAUUUGAAGAUUGAUAUCUUUGACCAAAAAAAAAAACUAAA